CUCGUCAGCGCCAGUAGGCAUUAGCGCGCCAUGUUGCGUCUACUUAGAAUAUGUCUAUGGUGUUGGACUGUCUCCCAGUGAGAAUUAGGUCAACUCCAGCCGAGGCGCCUCGGUGGUCGCGGCGUUAGAUCUAUUAACUCCCAGGACUUGCGUGUUUGUUUGUCAUGCUCACCGACCGACCAACGACCCAACUGUUCUCCGAUGCGCGAUAUUUUGCUGGGCCGAAUGAUCUUCCACAGGUCGUGGCCCCGGGUGAAGCUCACCUCGGCUGUGGGAUUUAGCUGCUAGCAAGCUAACUGAGUGUCAACAAGAUGAAGCGGACGAAAGGCGCCAAGAAGGACAGCAACGACUCCUCCAGCAAGAGCCCGCCCGAGGCUCGCAAGAAGAUCCGGAAGGAGUCGAUUGCGGUGUCUGAGGCCGGCGCCUCGCCAGAUUUCAACUGGGCUCGCCUGCCCCAGGAGCUCAUCCUCCACAUCUUUCAGUACCUAACACUGCUGGACCGGGCCUACGCCUCUCAGGUGUGCCGUGGGUGGAACCAAGCCUUCCACAUGCCUGAGCUGUGGAGAUGCUUCGAGUUUGAGCUCAACCAGCCCGCCAGCUCCUACCUGAAGGCCACGCAUCCGGACCUUAUCAAGCAGAUCAUCAAGAGGCACUCUAACCAUCUGCAGUAUGUUAGCUUCAAGGUGGACAGCAGCACUGAGUCUGCAGAGGCUGCCUGUGACAUUCUUUCACAGUUGGUGAACUGCUCAUUAAAGACCUUGGGGCUCAUCUCAACAGCCAGGCCCAGUUUCAUGGAGGUUUCAAAGUCUCACUUCAUCUCUGCUCUGACGGUGGUCUUCGUCAACUCCAAGUCGCUGUCGUCGCUGAAGAUCGACGACACGCCGGUGGACGACCCCUCGCUGAAGGUGCUGGUGGCCAACAACAGCGACACGCUUAAACUGCUCAAGAUGAGCAGCUGCCCUCAUGUCUCGCCAGCAGGCAUCAUGUGUGUGGCCGAUCAAUGUCACGGCCUGAGAGAGCUGGCGUUGAACUACCACCUUCUGAGCGACGAGCUGCUGCUCGCCCUCUCCUCGGAGAAGCACGUACACCUAGAGCAUCUGCGCAUCGACGUGGUGAGCGAGAACCUGGGCCAGCACUUUCACACCAUCAAGAAGAGCAGCUGGGACGCCAUGGUGCGCCACUCGCCCAAGUUCAACCUGGUCAUGUACUUCUUCCUCUACGAGGACGAGUUCGGGCCCUUUUUCAACGAGGAGAUCCCCGUCACGCAUCUUUACUUCGGCCGCUCCGUCAGCAAGGAGGUGCUUGGUCGGGUGGGCCUCUACUGCCCCCGCCUGGUGGAACUGGUAGUGUGCGCCAACGGUUUGCGCCCCCUGGAUGAGGAGCUGAUCCGCAUCGCCAAGCACUGCACCCAAUUGUCGGCCAUCGGCCUGGGCGAGUGUGAGGUCUCCUGCAGCGCCUUCGUGGAAUUUGUCAAAAUGUGCGGCCGCCGCCUCUCACAGCUCUCCAUCAUGGAGGAAGUGCUCAUCCCGGAUCACAAGUACUCCCCGGACGAAAUCCACUGGGAGGUGUCCAAGCACCUGGGCCGGGUUUGGUUUCCGGACAUGAUGCCCACCUGGUAAAAGAAUGACUCGAGUGUGGAACUCCUGUGGAGUGAAGUGCAGGAACUAUAACGCAGAUUCCAAAGUCACGGAAGCACUAAAUCUCAGAUGGUUGUCUUGAAUACGAGAAACCUGCUGUGCCUCAUCAAACAUGGAACUCAUCGGGCUUCUUCCCUCGACGAAACUUUUUUAUAAAGGAGUAUAGCUAGUGAUGACUCAGCACAUCGUUUGUUGCACUACCACUUCAAUUGCAGCUCUGCAGCACAAUAUGGAGACGCGGUUUUUCAAACGAUGAAGCCUGGAUUAUGCUUUAAAUUGACAUCAUCUCAAUCCGUUUAUAGCUCGUUGUGGGGAGUAAGCAGUUGGCGUGCAAUUCUUCGCCGGAGCACUGGUGGUCAGUGUUUUACAGAGCGUCAACUUAGUGAGUAAUCGUUAUUCUCGUCGGCCAUUUAUUGUGUUUUCUGGACUAUAGAGUGCUCCGGUAUAUAAGCCACACCCACUAAAUUUGGAAGAAAACAAUAUUUUUCCACAUAUUAGCCGCAUCGGACUAUAAACCGUAGAUUAUGUUGUGAAAUUAGUUAUUUACACCGAAGGAUUUUUUAAAUGUUAAUUACAUACCUUAAUUGUUUCUACGGGAGUAAAACAACUAAUUUUCACAUAAACUGCGGAAGCUCGCUCUCCAAUCAGCUGAACAGACUUAACUCCAAAGUAACAUUUUGGGGAAUUUAAUGGGGAAUUUUUGAAACUGAAACAAUACAAAAAGAAUGCCACUGUAAGUUAAUAAUACUAACACAGACACUUGCAAACGACACUAGCUUGAUUAGAUUACAAUAGCGUGUAAAAAUAAGCACAAAAACUGUACUAUUAAACAUGUGACUGUUUAGUACAUAUGAAUUGUUUUAGUUAUGUUACUGUUACUAUAAUAUAUUAUAAUACAGAAUGCCCGAAGUGCGGCCCGUGGGCCAAAUUUGGUUCGUCGUGUCACUUUGUUUGGCCCGCAAAACAAACCAAAUCUAGUACAUAUUCAUACUAACCUCUUUCAAGAUGAACAAUCCUUGGCGGCAUGUCCGCAAGGCUAUACUGUAAAAAGUCAAUAGAUUUCACUGUAUAAACGUGGCAGCGCAGUUGCCAGAAAUAUACCGUACCAUUUUUACUUUUAUAGCAAUGCACUGUAAAAACAGGGCUCUUAAGUUUUAUAGUAAAAAUGUAGCAGCUCAGUGGCCAGAAUUUUGCAGUAAAAUAACAGUGGUACUGUUUUUCCAAUUUACAGUAAUGCACUGUAAAAAAAAAAGGCAUCUUAGUCAGUCACCAGAAUUUUACGUAAAAAAAAAAACAGUGGCACAGUUUUUCAAUGCACAGUAAUUUGGUGUGAAACAUUCUGGCGACUGAGGAGCGAGGUUCUUUUUAACAGGCUAACUAGUUGCCAUUUAUUGAACCUGACAAUCUCUACUACUGUUGUGAAGCUAAACUCUCACUUGUGGUGCUGUUGCAUGGUAAGAAUCGCACAAAAAGUGGAGACUUUCAACCCGCAGCACCUGCAGUAAGCAAACUCGUCCAACAGAUGGCGCCAUAGCACAAUUACACACCUUUUCAGUCUGCGGGUGUUCCUACUAUUAAGGUUGUUGUAUACAAAACAUUAUGGCCAUUAGUGAAGACAAAUUCAUAGAUUAGCAGCACCUUUGUAUAAGUUUGUAGUUUAGCUUUGUUUGUCGCAAGUAAACAAUGGCAGUUACAUUACGAAGCUGGAAUUCAUCAAUGUUGCUGUUAUCGCUAACGGGGUUCCCCAAUCAUUUGUGCACUCUCUGAACGAGUUGUAAACACAUGGGAAAUAAUGUCCUACAAUCUGACCCAUAAGGCCUCUUGUGGGGAGAGUACGGCAAGCUACACAGGACAGUUUGGAUGGGGAGGAACGAGCCAUGACGCAAGAGCAUAAUCCAGGCUUCAGGCGGAAGGAAGUGUUUGGAUCUUGAUGCCAUAACUACAAACAUGGCCGUCGGAGAUGUAAGUAAAUAGAAAUAUAUAUAUGUAUAUAUAUGUAUGGAUAUGUGUGUGUGUGUGUGUCAUGUUAAAGUGUACGGUGUUAUUCCACGGUAUGAACAUCUUCAAUUUGCUUGAUUUUUUUCCCGUGCAAAAGUGCGUCGGCUUUACAGACGAAGGCCGUUUGCACGAUGUUUGUAGUACAGGCAGAUAUUCCCCGCGCACCUUAUGUCAAUACCAAAUGGUAAUUAGAGAUGUCCAAUAAUAUCGGCCUGCCGAUAUAUGCGUUAAAAUGUAAUAUCGGAAAUGAUCGGUAUCGGUUUUCUUAUCGGUAUCGGUUUUUUUUGUUUUUUUGUUUUUAAAAAAAAAUUUAAUCCACAUAAAAAACACAAGAUACACUUACAAUUAGUGCACCAAGCCAAAAAACCUCCCUCCCCCUUUUACACUCAUUCACACAAAAGGGUUGUUUCUUUCUGUUAUUAAUAUUCUGCUUCCUACAUUAUAUAUCAAUAUAUAUCAAUACAGUCUGCAAGGGAUACAGUCCGUAAGCACACAUGAUUGUGCGUGCUGCUGCUCCACUAAUAGUACUAACCUUUAACACUUCAUUUGACUCAUUUUCAUUCAUUACUAGUUUCUGUGUAACUGUUUUUAUAUUGUUGUACUUUCUUUUUAUUCAAGAAAAUGUUUUUAAUUUAUUUAUGUUAUUUUACAAUUUUUUUAAAAAAGUACCUUAUCUUCACCAUACCUGGUUGUCCAAAUUAGGCAUAAUAAUGUGUUAAUUCCACAACUGCAUAUAUCGGUUGAUAUCGGUAUCGGUUGAUAUCGGUAUCUGUAAUUAAAGAGUUGGACAAUAUCGGAUAUCGGCAAAAAGCCAUUAUCGGACAUCCCUAAUGGUAAUUCCUCUUGAAGCAAUCCGAUAAAUGUAUAGAAAUCUAUGACGUAAUUAGCGAGAUUGUUUUUAAUUAGCCAAGUCGCUUGCGAUGCACAAACUUCGCCCGCACUUUCGGGACCCUCAGGUGCAUUUUUGUUUCAAGUUUUUUUUUUAAAUGAUCUGUGCAUGCUGCUUUUUGUCUCAUCACGUCUGAAAACACGAUAGUCAAUAAAUCAAUUAAUUGAAUGAUAAAUAAAAAGGAACCCGAUAACUUUGCCCUGUUUGGUUGAUCAUGUUUGUUUUCUUCGUCGCCUCCAAUCAGAGUGCAAGAGGGUUCGCUCUGUGCUUUUUUUCUUUGGCUGUCACUUGUAAUCAAGGUACAAGAGGGUUGGUUCUUUCCUUGAAAAAUGCAACCAGUUGCGUAACAAUAGUGGGGUCUAUUGAAUUACGCAGCCAAGUAAAAAAAAAUGCAACUUUUAAGUUUUGGAACAGCAAUUUGGAUAUCAAAUAACGCUCCUUCUGUAGAAUUGCAAUUAUAACCUUCUUCAUUGAGGUUUACUUUGUCAGUUAGUUUCUAAGCACCAAUUUGUGAACUUUUUCACGCUGUAUUUGUCUACCUGCUUACUGUGGGUUAAUAUACAAUGUGAACUACCUCACGCUGUAGUUGUCUACGAUAUUAAUAUUCCUGCUUUUAAAUGGAGAUUAAAAGGAGAAUGUACAGUAUUCAUUCAAAUGACUUGUGAAGUAUGUCCACACGAGGGAGCUGCUGUGUUCCAUGGAUAUUUUGUUCAAGGAAUAGUUUAAAUGUUUGCGUUUGUGCGAUGGGUUGCCGAAAUCAAUAGAACAGGGUUCACUCUGUGCUUGUUUAUUUCGCCUGUCGUUUUCAGUCAUUUUGCAGAAGGGUUCACGCUGUGCUUUUUUUUCUUGGAUUUACUUAGAUUCCUUUCAUUGUCAUUGUAAAUAACAUUCAACACCAUUCAGUUUAAAGCACAAAGUGAACCCCACAUGAAGCACGCACACAAAAACCAACAGUCGCCAAGAAACAAAUUCCAAACACACACACAUCGCACACGCAUGGCCUGAGAAAUAUGCAGGGAUCAUAAAAUAAGCAAUUUCUGUUUUAAAAAGACAGUAAAAUAUUUAAAAAGACAGUAAUAUUGUAUUCCACAGGCCAGUGUGUAGUGCAUUAUUUGGUUUGUUGGUGGCUUGAGAAUAAAAACUGGUAAGUCUGGUGGUGUGUGUCGCUUCCAACUAGGGUGCAAGAGGGUUCACUCGGCGCUUGCUUUCUUUGUCAGUCUGUCGCGUCCAAUUAUGGCGCAAGAGGGUUCAUUAUGUGCAUCACUCUCAGAACCAGCAUAGAAUUAAUGGAGUGAAUCCUUUCUGACAACCUUUGUCUAUGUUGGCGGGACCGGAAACUUCCAGGCACACACGGACAGUCCCUAGUGAGCAAAGUACAAAUAAUUAGGGGGAUAAAAUGUCAUUGCAAAGCCAAACGUCCAUGAGUCAUUUUCGUAAAAAUGACAGACGAUAAUGUCGUUUCUCUGCGAUAAUUUGUUGACAAUAUAUCGUCCAGCAAAAUGUGUUAGCGGCCCAGCUGGCGCUCCUGUCGGGGGAAAGAAUGGGCAAGUUCACGUGAGUUUGCCUUUGACUUUUUCCUUUCAGAAGGAAGUCUGAAGUUCUUGUGCAAAUAAAAACGCUGUUUGAUUGCAAUGAUGUAAAAAUGUACUUUUAUUAUCCUUCCCCUUACGACUCGUGAUCAAUUCCAAAGGGGAAGCACUUUCAUACCCAAGAACCAGAUGAAAAGUGAUCCAGUUCCUACACUCUCGUGUUAGCAAAUGUAUCAAUUAUUAAAAAAUAAUUUUAAUGUGGCAUAAUUUAACUAAAAACUACUUGAAUAUUCAAAAGUGUUGUGCUGGCCUUCAGGAUAUAGCUUUUAACGUGGGUAGGAGAUGCCGCCAGCUCGCAGUACUGUCAUUUACUGCAAUGGAUGAUAUCAGUAUUUUUUACAGGAUAAUGUUAAGCCGAUUUAAAAUAUUGAUAUCGCAAUCAACCCAAUCAUACAUUCUAUGCAAUAUCAUAUCAUCAAAUUUCGACACUAUUACUGUAUAUAUAUCAU